AUGGUUAAAUGCCCUAUAUGCUCGAAAGACGUGCCGAUUCAGCUUAUCAACAAGCAUCUCGAUAAGUGCGAGUUAUCGUCAUCGGGUCACGGGAUGAAGAAAGUUGAAAACAAGGUGAUGGAAGGUAGGCAGGAGGGCCAACAAAAGAAGCAGAAAAUGCGAUCGAGCUCUUUGUUGGAUGUACUCAACGGCGGAAAGAAGAAAAGCCGCAGAUCAGGUGGCGAGCAUCGAAUAUUCAGCUCUCAGUUUGCAAACGAAAUUAGCGAUGAGAUAUUGAAAGAGGGAAAGAGGAAAAGCGACCCAAUUGUGAUAGACAGCACUGAAUCGGAUGCUUGUUUGAUGCACAGUGAUAAGAGACCGAGAACAGAAGACAGGAAGAUCCCUUCUUCACCAGUUUUGUCAGGAAAAGCCAGGCAAAGAGAGCAGAUCAAAAUACUUAAAUUGCAAUCUCGUUUGCCGUUGGCCGAGCGGCUAAGACCGACAACUUUGGAGAAUUACAUUGGCCAGAAGCAUCUUGUUGGGAGAGGUGGGAUUUUAAGGGGCUUUAUAGAGAGUGACAGGAUUCCAUCGAUGAUUCUUUGGGGGUUUCCGGGAACAGGAAAGACAACUUUAGCUCGGAUCAUCUCGCACAGCACAAAAUCGAGGUUUGUGGAGUUGUCGGCGACCACAAAUGGAAUUUCGGACUGCAAGAGGAUAUUUCAGGAGGCGAAGAACGAGCUCAAGCUUACCGGAAGAAAGACAAUCGUGUUUGUGGAUGAAAUCCAUCGGUUCAACAAGGCACAGCAGGAUAUAUUCUUGCCGUAUGUUGAGCGUGGAACGAUAACUUUGAUUGGUGCGACUACGGAAAACCCCAGCUUUCAGUUAAACAGUGCUCUUCUUUCUCGAUGCAGGGUGUUUGUGCUCAAGAAGCUUUCUUCAGAUGAGCUGAAGCAGAUUGUGUGUCGAGCAUUGGUGGAGAUCAACAAAACGAGGAAGUUGGUCUACAAUAAGAUGGUGCUCAAGUUUCUGCCGGAUGCUGUUGAGUACAUAUGCAACAUCUCGGAUGGCGAUUCUCGUAGUGCUUUGAAUCUUCUUGAAUUGGCGGAUUCGCACUUCAUGACUGUUGAUGAAGAAAAGACAGAGCAGGGAGAAGGUGAUGGGAAAGGCAGCAGAAUUGCAACUGAAAGGAUGGGGAGUAAGAACAUGGAGAAUGCAAAAAGCAGGGAGAAUGCAGAAAAGAACAUGGUGAAUAUGAAUAAAAGUACACAGAAUAUGGAUAAGGACACACAGAUUAUGAAUAAAGACACACAGAAUACGAAAGACACACAGAAUAUGGAUAAAGACACAUAUAAUACAAAUAAAAGCUCACAGACAGAGUCUCAUACCGCCAACAAGCAUGUUCUUGAAGUGGCAGCAGAGGAUCUCAGAAAAGUGUUCAAGAGAACGCAGAUGGUCUACGAUCGUGUUGGGGAUGCACACUAUGACACGAUUUCGGCAUUUCACAAGUCUGUGCGGGGAUCUUCACCAGAUGCCGCCAUCUACUAUCUGGCAAGGAUGCUAAAAGGAGGCGAGGAUCCGCUCUAUGUGGCAAGAAGAAUGAUUAGAAUCGCUAGUGAAGAUGUUGGCGAUGUGGACGACAGCUGCCUUCCAUUUGCAGUGGCUGCUUACCGUGCAGUUCAACUGAUUGGGCUUCCGGAAGCGGAAUUGGCAUUGGCACAAUGUGCUGUUAAGCUAGCUAGGGCACCGAAAUCGGCCGAAAUUUACAGGGCAUGGAAAGAGAUCAAUGCCAAAAUCGACAACGAGCCAGAUGUGGCAGCUGCAGCAAUUCCGCUCCAUCUUCGUAAUGCACCAACAAAACUAAUGGAGGAUCUUGGAUACAGCGAGGGAUACAAGUACAAUCCAGAUUACAGGGACGGAAAAGUGAAGCAGGAGUACUUUCCUAAGGAAUUGAAGGGCCUGAAAUUGCUCAGAGGCCAGCAUCUUGGCACGAGGAUAGAUCCGGAUCUUGAGAGAUGA